GCGGCUGGUAUCAGUUCAUCAUUUUACUAUCGGUUACUGUUGCUCGCGGUUGUUGAACGCACCACAAGUAGAAGGUGUCGGAUAGGAAUCCCUAGCCCCGAGUGACGGACGAGUGGGUGGCGAGCGGAGACUGGAAGGCGGUGGUAGCACUUCCAGCUGUCGAGAGGGUGUGUGAUAACAUACAGAGAUACCGUGCGUGCGUGCGCGUGGGGUGAGUGGGGGAGCACACUUCCGCCGACGACUACACGGCUGCUGUUGGUUCCUUUUGUCGAGAAAGGAGAACUUAUUGGUUUUGUUCGCUCCAUCGCAUGUGAAAAGGUUAAAAAGGCAAGCAAGUGAGCGGUGCUUUGGCAGAGACUUCCCGAACGACCAGGCCGCCACCUUUUGUUCCACCGAAACACGGUGCCACGGGGUGCGCAAACAGUUGUGGCAAGUGAAUAAGUAUCCAAUAACCCCGGUAGUGCGGUGGUAGCUGCAAGGAAUUGGGAAGUGUGCCCUAAUAAAACCUGUGUGCUGACAAGUGAAAGUGCUUCUUAUCGUGGUUUCGUGGUCGUCGGAAACGGUGAAUGCAAUCAAAAUGAAUAAGUAUCUCGUGGGAAGACUGUUGUUGAUCUGUCUGUUGGCCAUAUUCGUGGCUAGUGCUCGAGGCGCCAGCAGCUACUUCUACGACUCGGAGGAACCUUAUGGCAACAUGUUGGAAGGUGCCGAUUCAACGGAAGAAUCGGACAAAUCGUUUUCGGACGACAGCUUAAUGGAUAAUAUAUUUCGGCAAGGUGCAGACAAACGCGCUGGUUCCCUGAUUCACGUCCACCGGAGGUCCUGCAUCCGACGGGGUGGAGCCUGCGACCACCGGCUGAACGACUGCUGCUACAACAGCUCCUGUCGGUGCAACCUGUGGGGCUCCAACUGUCGGUGUCAACGGAUGGGUCUGUUCCAGAAGUGGGGAUGAAUGACCAAUGACCUUGUUCCGUCAUCGUUCUGCAUUUGCACCACCCCCACCACCACUACCGGUUGUGACUUCUUGGAAUUCUUGGACCACCAUGGGGGAUGGAGGCUUUCGGUGGAUGGAAAUGACCACCGCUGGAAGCAUCUAUCGCCUUGGGGUCCUGGGGUGUUGGGGUCGCUACUGUUUGUGGUUAUCGGACUGACAACGCACUCGUCUACUGGCUGCUGAUUUACAUGGAUUGCGGAUUGGAUUUUCUUCUGUGAGCUAAUAAACUUCGAGGACCUACGGCAACAGGACACUUAUGGCAAACCGGACACACAUGCUGAGAAACAAAAACAACCGAGUUUGGUAACAAAAUACUGUAUUUUAUGGUGAAAUCUGGUUCAUGCGCUAUUUUCUGAGCGAGAUAAAGCUGAGCUCAACGACGGAGAAGUAUAUUUGUAGAAAUAUUGGUUGAGUUUUAAAGGAUUUUAGGGAUGAGUGACUUACAUUUUAUGUUUGCGGUGAAAUUCUGGUCUAACGGUCAAAGCUUUAGUUGAAACUGAGAAAUGAGGUAUGUUUUACACCUGAAUGACAAGGAAUAUACUAUUUAAUGAUAAUGAUAAUAAUGAUAAUGAUAAAUGAUAAUAAUUAUUAUUACAUAAAAAACAGAGAGAAAAUAUUGUCUAGGUUAUUCAGAUUUAUUCUUUACUGUUUUAGGGCCAUAAGUUGAGUGAAAGUCGAUGCGACAUAUAGAUUACCUUACAAUACAUCUAGAGCAGCUAAUGAGACAACAAAGAAUUAUAUCGAGGCAACUUAUUAUCAAUUAUUCGACGCUUUAAAGAUGUUUUCCACACAAAAAUAGAGUCAACACACAUACAAUACACACAUUUAAAGCCCAGGAUGUUGAGAAGCUAAGCACUUCGACUUUGUGAAACCGUGUUGAAUGUAUUCUCUGAUGUCCAGUGGAUUUUGAUACGACUAAUUUAUUCGCUGUUUGUGUAAUGGAGACAGAUGGAUAAUCAACCACUAAUAUAUACAGAAGAUAAAUAUGACGAGCAGCAGCGUAGAAGAUGCAAAAUCUUAGAGUGAAGCUGUGUAAGAGAAAACUAAUUAAUUAGGAGUAAUUAUUGCGAGCAGGGAAAGUGUCCGGAGCACGAUUCUCCUCGGGUAUCUAGGGCAGACCAUCGUCCGGUGGCACCUCAAACGUUUCCCAGCCUUUUAAAACGAACGAGUGUUGCACGAGCACCACUAGGAGGACCGUCCUCCGCAUGCACUUUCCCCGUUUGUUGUACGCAUAACUAUUUGAAUAAAAAGUAAUACUAAACGGAACUGUA